GACAUCUUCCAGUAUCAAUAGAAACCAAAGCCUUAAUGCAUUCACAACUAUGGAUGUAAUGGGAUAGGGUUUAUUAAGGAGAUUACAAUUUACAAUCCCUUUUAUUAUUAUUAUUAUUAUUAUUUAUACUUUUUUAUUUUAAUUUUUUUGUGGAAAUUUUUUUUAUUUUAUUAUCUUUUUAGGGGGUUGUGUAAUGAGAUUGCCAGUAGUAAAGAGGUUAACAUGGUAAAGGAGUGAAACAAUCCGACCCGAUAAUGUUUCCGAUCAUCGGAUCCCCAGGGGAUGGGUCAUGAAGAUCCGUUAGUUUGUGGACCGAACGGGUAUUUAAACGAUGAAAGAAGCGCGCCGCCCACGAGUCGGUCGAGGUUUCCCUUUGUCGAAGCCAUCACUUGCGAUCGCCGUUCUCCGCCGAGCGAGGUAUAAAACACGGCGUAUGGAUUGCAAAUGGUUGUCUCAAGCUGUUCCUUAUAUUUCACAUGUUGAUUCUAGAAUGGUUAGGAUAUCAAGAUACGCCACAUCUUCCUUCUCAAAGUUGAAUUACAUGCAUGAUGGUGACAAAUUAUGUAUGGAGAGGUUGGAUCACAAGGACUGGCUAGCACCAAAUGAAAUGCUGAAAAUAUUUAGAAAUGUGAGAAAUCCUGAACUUAUUAUUAAUGCAUUCAAAAAAGCUGCUAGACGUAUUGAUUAUAGACCUAGUGAAGCGCUUUAUAGUUUGUUGAUUGAUAGACUUGCUUACUCUCGGAAAUUUGCUUAUGUUGAGGAUCUCCUAGACAAGGCUAAAUGCGAGAAGUGCAGACUUUCUGAUGACUUCUUUUAUAGAUUGAUCAAAAUGUAUGGUAAUGUGGCAAAUCAUCCUGAUAAGGCAAUUGAAACGCUCCUCAAGAUGCCAGAUUUUAAUUGUUGGCCCACUGUCAAAACCUUCAAUUAUGUUCUUAACAUGCUUGUCAAUACUCGGCAGUUUGAGGUUAUUCAUGAGGUUUAUUUAAGUGCUCCAAGAUUGGGUAUAACCCUUGACACAUGUUGCUUUAACAUUCUGAUCAAGGGUUUGUGUGACUGUGAUAAGUUGGAUGCUGCUUUUUCCUUGCUGCAUGAAAUUCCAAAGCAGGGAUGCAGACCUAAUGCAACUACUUAUUCAACAAUUAUGCAUUAUCUCUGUAAGCAUGACAAGGUAAGCGAAGCUCUGGAACUUUGUGACAGAAUGCAGAAAAAUGGUUGUCAUCCAGACACAAUAACAUUCAACAUAUUAAUUUCUGGUCUGUGCAAACAAGGAAGAGUGUCAGAGGGUAUGGAAUUCUUAAAGACUAUGAAGUUAAAGGGAUGUUAUCCAAAUUCAGGAACAUACCAGGCACUACUUUAUGGUUUGCUUAGUGCAAAGAAAUUUGUGGAGGCUAAGGAUUUCAUGGGUAUAAUGAUAUCUGAAGGUGUUAAGCCUAGUUAUUCAUCAUACAAGCUGAUCAUUUGUGGUCUUUGUAGGGAGAAUCUUUUGACUGAUGCUGAGCUGGUCCUGGAGCAGAUGGUGCACCAAGGAUUUGUCCCACGAAUGGGCACCUGGAAGAUGAUCCUUGCAUGCAUGCUCUAGAAAAUAUUAAUUAUUUUUUCACUUUAUCUAAUUACCAGUUAUGCCGUGAAAUCAAAUGUAUGGCUGUUUAUGUUCUCAGUUCACAGCUAUACAAUUUAUGUGGUUUCUCUUCCUUAGUUUUGCUUGUGCACUUCAUCUCAGAAGAUUUAGACACUUAAAUGGCUUAAGCAAAUGAAGUUGCUUGAUGGCAUUCUAUCACGGAGUUGACCAGUCAGCUAAUCACAUUACAUCUCCGGAUAAAGGACUAUCAACUGGUGUAGCCAACUGCCAACAAGUCUCAUACUGGUGGAACAGUGAAAAAUAAAACCACCAUGGAUGGGUCCUUAUUUUAAACCAGUGGAUGGAUCAGUAGAGAGCACCAAAGGCAUGGAUAGAUCAUUAGAAGGGACUAUGGCUGCUGGCGUAUCUGGAGAAGUUACAAUGAAAGGAUGGAUUAAUGUGAAAAGCCACUGUGUUACACUGGAGCAGUAGUAAAUAACAAUGACCUUGAUGGAGCAGUGAAUAUUCAGUCAGAAAUAUUGAUGACAAAGAUGCAUCAGGAAGAAAUACAACUGAUUUGGAUGGAUCUCCAGAACUACUGGCAAUAUGGAUGGAUUAGUGAAAGUUGCUUCUGAGGCAACUGAAAAUUCUCAGUUAGAACCUAAGGUUGUUUUCAUUAAGCAGAGGGAUCAUACAAUUUUGAAUGUGCUAUGUGCAAGGGGCAUCUUUACUGCAAGCCCAUUAUGCAUAUUGUGGUCUCAUAGAAAGAAAUUGCUUGUUGAAUGUGCUUUCUUUACUGAAGCAGCUUACUAUUAUGAAAAGAACAAAAAUUACUAGAUGCAUCAUAAUCAGUCAGAGGUUUAUGACAUGGAAGAUGAGGGAUUCCUUGGGAAGAUCCAAAAUAGCAAAUAAGUAAUCUGAGGCUAAGGGAUCUUGAGGAGGACGUCACAAAGCUCUUCUUAGAUUUUCUUUUAAAAUAAGCCUGAAGAUCCACCAUUUGUUUAUGCAUUACAAAUUCAUGCAAAAGAAUGCUUGACCAACUUCUUCCGGGCUGAUACACAGUCAUGAAAUAAUCAUUGCUGCUUUGGUGAUGAAGUCUUGUUUGUUUAAACCCAUCCAACGAGCAGGUUUCACAUACCCUUUGCACCAUUUAUUUGUACAAAUUAUCAUAAGUAAAUUGUUAUAUUUGGUGUUGCAUUACUUUUGGAUGUAUUCGUAUAAUCAUUCAUUUGGAUGUUUAGAAUUUUUAUGGGUGCUAUGUCUAAUAGACAGCCAAAAAAAAUCUUUAUAGAUUGUUGUGCUGAAAUGUCAAAAGUAAUUAUUAUGACCUUUCCUGAUACAUGACAUCACCUUUGUGUAUGGCAUAUUCUUGAAAAUGUUCCAAAAGAUUUUCAUGGUGUGUCCAACCAUGAAUUCCAACUUCCAAAAAGAUUUUGAGGAUUGCAUAUUUUGACGUGGCCCUGCUAUGCAGUCAGAGAAAAAUGGGCUCUUGAUUAUCUUAGUAAUUUAUUUUUUUCCUGCCAUGACAACAUAAUGAUGGGCUGAAACCAUGGACAAUUUCUUUAAGAUUUAUUGUCUCUUCCCAAAUUUAUUGCACAAAUUUUCAAGGCAUUAGUUCAACUAUGUGAACAGAAACUUCCUGAAGAAGCAUGAAUCUAGGGAAAUUAAACCUAUUUUAUUGCAUAUGUCACAAGGCAGUAACUGUUGCAGUAAGCAGUACAUUGUCCAAAGAAGUCUUGAACUUCUUGAACAUGGCCUUGACAGCUUCAUCACGGAAAUGGAAAAUUAUGUUUCAUUGUGCUCUUCGGACCGAACAAACACAAGAUGUGAAUGUCAUUGAUCAUGUGCGGCAGAAGACAUUAAAAACAAGCUGUAUUUGUUCCAAUGGUUUUGAGUUUGCUGCUAGAUGACUUAUCAUUUGCCUUUUUUACAGUGUCUAUUGGAGUAUUAUAUACAUGGUCUCACAUGAAGUGCAACUAGGUUUAUAACUCUAUUGACGCAAUGAUUUGUCUUUAUCCUGGUGAUUCUUUUGUUUUCUUGGAUACUAAAACUGAUGUUAAUUAAAUUAGAUAUUUAUAUCAGCAUUAGUUUCUAGAGAACCUAGACUGUUCUGUGAUAUCCGAGAUGUAACUGUUGCACCAUGGGGCUGUUACCUGUAAGUGUUACAUCAGAUGUUGUUGGUAAAUAUUCUUGGCAUUUGACAUGGCUAAUACCUUUACAAGUUUAUUAUUUUCUGAGUUCUGACUUUUUGUUUACUGCUUUUCUUUCCCAGCAAAACUAAAAUUUAAUUUCUUUUGUGUUCAAGGUCAAUGUACUUUCUAACAUGUGCUACAAAAAUUGUCUUAUUGGCUGAUAGACUGCCGAGUGAUAUGCAUCUUUUAGUUGAUUAUUCUUGGUUUAGAAAAGAUCACAAAAUUCUUUUCUUCAUUCUUAUCUAUAACCCUUCAAGUAUGUAAUGAUCUUUGAUCAUAUAGUUUACAUUAGAUAAAGAAAAUUAGCAUAGGGCAUACAUAUAAAUUGUCAUGUCCAUAUUUUGUCAUGUCUUAUAAAUUUGCUGUCUGUAUCAUAUCCUGUGUGUGCACAUGCUCCAUAACAUUUGAUCUAGGUAAUCAUUGCUCGAGGUAAAUGUCAUUGCUACUUGUUAUAAUGUGGCAUUCCUGAGCUAUCUUGUGGGUGUUUUCUGCAGUUUUCAUUUGAAUUCCUGCUCCAAAAACUUUGGGUUGAUUAUUUCUUCCCAUCUAGUUUCACUUGGAAAGGCUUUCCCCAGUAGUCUCGCUCGUGGGAAUUACAAUAGAAAAUUUUUUGUAUAUGCUGUAAUGAUUACUGGUUUUACAAAUUUAAAAAUGAUGCUGUGGACAACGGUUUUGUUGAAACUGUUGUCCAUAAUAAUGGUUUUGCAAAACUGAAGACCACUAUUUAUGAUGGUGGUUUUAGACCAGACACUAACAAGUUCACCUUGCCAUCAAAAUUAAGGUUAGCUGGGACAGAUAGAACCCAGUUUAAAAUAUAUAUUAGAAAGAGAGUUAUCUAGGGAAAGAAUUUGUUUUGAUGGUGAUAUUUGCUUUCUGGGUUCUUAUAUUACCUGGGGGAACCUUUGUUUGACCCUUAUCUUGGAAAAUAUCUCCCAAGGAUGUUGGCAUUCUGCUUAUUUUUAUGCUAAAAGUAACCUCUCUCUUUUUUCUCUUUUUUUUGCUUUUUUGACUUGGAUAUUCUGAUUACCUUUCCUCAAAUGAAAAAGCGUUGAUUGCUGGUAAAUAUAUGAUUGUUUCUUUUAAAUUUUAUGCUUUCUGCUCGUCUCCUGUUUGCUCAGUGUUCAGACAUCAUAUUGCAGGCAGGUUUAACUUCCAUGAGGAUUGGCUUACCAUGGCUUCUUCUUCCUUUAAGAAACUAUUGUAGUGUGAUUGCGGAAUUUGGUUUCUUCCAUUCAUUGCAGAUUUUAUGCUUCCGUUCUUUGUUUUUGCUUUAUAAUUGUGUGCAAUUUUAGUUAUCUAUAUGACCUGUGUGCUUGAGUUCAUAUUUAUGCACAAAUGCACAGUUCUUUCUAAUACCUCCUGGAUAGUUAAAUAUGUUAUGUCCAUUCCUUUAUUGAUGCUUAUUUGGUGAUAAUGGUCAAACGGAUAGGUUUCUGGUUGAUUAAUGGAUUUGACAAAAUGUUAUCUUAAACCAAAAUAGCUUAAGGAGCAUGUGUCUCAGCAGCGCUUGCUGCUGAGUGGACAUUUAAAAGUUUCACAAAAUGUAAAAGACAUUAUAUUUCAUCAUAAUGCAAAAUGACUGAUAGGUUUUGUUAAGUUGGCUCAGUCAAUGUAGUUAAAGGCACUAGGCACUAAAAGACGCUGAGGUGUCAAACAGACUCAACAGACCACUUCAAUUAGGCUCGACCCAGACUGGAUUUGGCUCCGGCAUGCUCCUAAACUGCCUGGCACCUGGGCUCGGGCCUCACCUUGUCUCGCCCAGGUGCCUAGGUGGCCGCCUAGUCACUGCUUUCGGUUAUACAUAAAUGUGAGAAAAUCAUACACCUAUUGAUUCUACUGAACAUGGUUGGACUGGAUCAUACAUUGCAACAUGUAUCAGCAAAUGAUUAGUCAACUGCGUUGACUAUCACAUAGCAUGUCAGUAAUGAUCAUUUUGUUCAAGGUCAUGGGUAAAUCAUAUCUGUGCAACAAAAUAGAUUGUACAUGGUUGUUGGUUGCUUAUUAUCUGCGGAAUAUAUAGAUAAGCUCAUCCGUCAAGCAACUGUAUAUGCUUUGUUAGAAUUAAUUGUUUUAAGUACUAGCAGAAGGUCUAAUUUGUGCUCAACUAAACCCAAUAAUUGGUUCAUGAUACUUCACCAACAAUCUUCCUUCCACAAUUAUAGCCCCACUGCUGAGAACCUCCUACAGCCACAUCAACUGGGUUUGCAUGAAAUUGACUGGGUAAUAUGUAUUGCCAUCCUGAUACUAGGGAUUAAUACCUGCCUAUUACUUCAGGUCAAUUACUUAUCAUGCAUAAAAAAGAACACAAAUGUUGCACUGGACUCACCAAUUUAGAUGUCAAUUUGGCUACAUAAUGUGGAAAUUUUGGUUCCAUGCAUUCUGAGCCUGAUGUUGGUUUUUGGUUAUUCUUUUGCAAAAAUCUGAUUCAUUUGUUUGUUAUGAUAUUCUUAUGAAUUUUACCAAUAGUGCGGGCCUAUGGUUGAUUUCCUUUAAAUCUUCUUCAAAACAAAGAGGUUUCUAAGUUCCAAUACUUUGUUUAGCCUGUGUCAUUCUCUAGGUGAAGAUUUAUCCUCUGAGAAAUUUACAUUGAUAGUUAUCAUAUUGCUGUCCCUUUGCAACUUUGGUUGUUUUGUCUUUUAUGAACUGUAUUUGCUAUGUACUAUGUACAGUGACAAGGGACAGUUUCGUCUUUUCUGAUUUGGUCCACUUGAAUGAAGUAUGAGCAGUCAAGAGAUUGCAAUCUUUGCAGG